GUCCAAACGAAAACAAACAUCGUCAUCUCUGGCUGCUGCGACUGUUACUGCGGUGCCACCGUCGCCAUUGAGCCAGUGGAAUCCAACAGGUUCGAGAUGCGACAAACGUUUAUAAACGCCCGCGACACCGAGUAACAGCGGCUAGUAGUGGACUGGUAUCCGAACGAAACUCAGCUUUACAGAAACUAUUUCCUUCGACGUGCGAACGAACGGUGGAACGCUCAACUGUGGAAAAAGUAUCGCAAUCAAAUUCUCAAUUGCAAGUCGAAUCCUUCAACCAGGAAUCCAUUUUGGAUCGUCUGGACGCUGAUCUGACAACUUCCAGAAAUCACGCGUGCUACGCAAUAUCCGUUGAAUUCUCUUCUUGAAGCGUUAUACACUGUAUCCAGCAACUUGAUGUAAACCAUUCGGGCAAAGGACUGCUUAGUGGACACUCCGGCCGUAGCGAACUUCCUGGAAAGGAUCCUCGGUGUUUCGAUAAUAUGUAACUUAUUUAUCUGUGAUUGAGUGCGUGCGUGGCUGUGGCAUAAUCGUUCAAACGAAAUCGAAACGAGUUUGCGGGUACGAGUGUGCGGAUCAAAUUGUGGAGUGGAUUCGAUACUACUCCAACAGUGAAAGCGCCCGUAGACCAAAGCGCAACUCUGUUGCCCUAAGAAAGACCUGUGUUUUUUCAAGCCGGAAUCCAGAAGGUUGUAAGCAGCCGUUUCAAGCCGUAUCAAAGUGGUGCAGAAGUAGGAAAGGAUUUGCCGAUUUUGAGUAUCUUGAGCGAUCAGCACACGGAAACAAACGACCCUGAACGAAACGAAACAAACGGCCACUGUUGGUGACUAUGAAAGAUUUGGCAGAUCUAGCGGCAUACCAACAAUUGAACACCCAGCGGCCGAUCAAAACCAAGCGCAAUCGAUGGAACGUGCCUAUAUCGGAUUUUGCCAAGCUCACUCAUAAUCCCAUCCGUGCCAUCGUCGAGGGGCUCAACAUCCAACCGCACCCGGACAAGCCGCUUAUCGCACUAUCGAUUGGUGAUCCGACAACCUUCGGUAAUCUCAAACCAUCGUCUGAAACGAUCGAAGCGAUCCGGCAGGUGAUCGACGAGGGUACCGGUAAUGGUUACGCGGCCGCCAACGGGCAUCUGGAGGCGCGCGAAGCGGUCGCCCAAUACGUACAGCACCAGGGUCCGGUGACAGCGAACGAUGUGAUACUGUGCAGUGGCUGCAGCAGCGCCCUAGACCUCUGCAUCUCGGUGCUAGGUGGCCAGGGUAAGAACUUGCUAGUGCCCAAGCCGGGCUUCUCGAUUUACCGGACGCUGGCCGAGGGCUUCGGUAUCGAGUGCCGUUCGUACGAUCUGCUGCCCGAGCGCAACUGGGAGGCGAACCUGGUGCAGCUGGAGAAGCUGAUCGACGAGAAUACGUGCGGCCUGGUGGUGACCAACCCGGGCAAUCCGUGCGGCAGCGUGUUCAGCCGGUCGCACCUGGAAGCGAUCGUUGACAUUGCGGAACGCCACUAUUUACCGAUUGUGGCCGACGAAAUCUACGAGCAUUUCGUGUUUCCCGGGCAUGAGUUCCAUGCGGUUAGCUCGGUGUCGCGUACCGUGCCGGUACUGUCGUGCGGUGGCCUGACCAAGCGCUUCCUUGUGCCAGGCUGGCGCAUGGGGUGGAUCAUCGUGCACGAUCGGGGCAACGUAAUGGAGGAAGUGCGCCGCGGGCUUGCCAACCUCUCGGUGCGCAUUCUCGGAUCGAACACCAUCAUCCAGCGGGCUCUGCCCGCCAUCUUGCAAAACACGCCACCCGAAUUUUUCGAAGACCUGGUUGCGACGCUACACAGACACGCGGAGGUAGCGUACAAGUCGAUCAAGCAAAUCCGUGGCCUCAAUCCGAUCAUGCCGGGCGGCGCGAUGUACAUGAUGGUCGGAAUCGACAUCGAGCACUUCCCCGCGUUCGACACCGAUCUGAGCUUCGUCGAGGCGCUGGUGCACGAGCAGAGCGUCUUCUGCCUGCCGGGCCAGUGCUUCGAGUACCCAAACUACAUCCGGCUGGUGCUGACCGUGCCUGAGGAGAUGAUCGUUGAGGCGGUGAAGCGGCUGGCGGAGUUCUGCGACCAGCACUACAAGAUCGACGACGAGAAGCUGCUCGAGCACCAGAAUGGAUUGCUCGCUCAGCUGAACAAGCUCGAGUGAGAGCAAUCUAGACGCCCGGCUGGCGUCACAUAUUUUGAAUUUUUUUUUUUUGUAUUCUCUCCCUCUCUUCCGUUCUCGUUUCUCUUUGCUUUGUCCCUCUUACAAAUAUACAAAUACUCGGGAAAUAAAGGUGAUUAUGUUUCAAUUGUG